AUGUACCUGGCUUUAGACGACCCCCCUAAUUUAGCAAAUUGUGGAAUCACGGAUAAUAUUAAUACUAUAGUGGACCAUGGAGAAGCUUCUACUCAUAAUUUUAAUGAUCAUGAAUGGUUUAAUGAUAUAAUAAAAAACAACGGGAUUAACAAAUACGAUUAUGAUGAUUUUGAAAAUCUCAAAUAUAUAAAAAGAGGAGCAUUUGGAAGUGUCCACAGUGCAACAUUAAUAGAUGAGAAAAUGACAAAAAUGAAAGUAGCUUUAAAAUCAAUUGAAUCAAUUGUUAAUGAUCCGGAUCAAUAG